AUGUGGUUGAUUCGCAUUGCCAGCAUAGCGGCAGCGCUGUUCAUCACUGUGGGCGGAUUUACUAUUCCGCAAUCAUGCCCAGGCAUUCCAUCUCCCCAUUACCCGUUUGAGCUCGCCAAAGAUUGGAAGGCAGCCAAAGUAGCAGACGGGUUGCAUUCUCCUCGCGGAUUGGCCUUAGAUGGCGAGGGUCGCCUCCUUAUCGUGGAAGAGGGCAUGGGAAUCAGCCAACACACGGUCGACACCAAUGGUUGCAUCACGUCGUCGCGCGUUCUCAUAUCCAUGCCCGCCUUGAACCAUGGUAUCUACAUGGGAAGUGAUGGAGGCGCAUUGUACGCCAGUUCAGCGGCUACCGUGUUUAGAUGGACGUACGAUCCGAAAAGCGGCAAUACGAGCGGUUCGCCAGUUACCAUAAUCACAGGAAUGGCUAACGAAGACCACGUCUCGAGAACAUUGAUUAUCCCGCCUACUCGCCCGGAUUUGCUAGUUGUCUCUCGUGGUUCGAAUAGCAACUUAGAUUAUGCGACUAUAAAUCCAGCAACAGCGCGGUCAAUCGUCAAGGUAUUUGAUAUCAUGAAAGUGCCCAAUGGGGGGUAUGACUACGCUAAAGAUGGCUGGAACGCGGGAUACGGGCUGCGAAACGACGUCGGACUGGCCUUUGACGGAAAUAACAUGCUCUGGAGUGUAGAAAAUAGCGCCGACCAGCUCAUGCGCGAAGUUAACGGCGUAACCACGGACAUUCACAUGGACAAUCCAGCAGAAAAACUGAACUUUCUCGGUGAUAUAGCGACCCCUAACAAUGCCUGGUAUGGUUAUCCUGCCUGUUUCGCGGUCUGGCGCCCUGACCCAGCUAUUGUCGACGGCACCACCAUGCACGAAGUUGGCGUGGGUCAACAGUUCGCCCUGGCGCCAAAUAAUACCUUCAACGAUACAACAUGCGCCUCCUUGGCGAGGCCGCCGCGUCUCGUAUUUGAAGCGCAUACAGCACCGCUUGAUGCCAAGUUCGAUAUGCCCAGGUACGAGAACAUGUUCGUCACGUUCCACGGUAGCUGGGACCGCAAUCCGCCUGUGGGAUACAAGUUAGUCGCGGUACCGUUCACCCGUAUUACUCAAGGCGGUUAUGAGCCUGUGGCGCCGGCUAACAGCAACGCUGGAUAUUUCGAUAUCUUCUACCCGCCCGAUGAAGGAAAGUGUUCGUCGUCCACCUGCGCGCGACCAGUCGGUUUAGUUUUCGACACGGUAGGACGCUUAUAUAUGACGAGUGAUACGUCUGGGGAGGUGUUUAUGCUUGGUAGAAGCGGUUAA